UCACACGAGGAGAAUGGCCUCACCUUUGAGGGGAAAACCCUCUGCUCCACGAGUGGAGACUGCUCACUGCAAAGAGACAUCAACAGUCCGCGUGGAGACAUCGUCCCACCGCGUGGAGACGUCAUCUCGACGAGUGCGAACGUCUUCCCGGCAGGUGGAGACCACCCAGCGCCGCUGUGAAGAGCCUCCUCGUUACCUAUCUGGGAAGCGGCUCCCUUACGUCCUCGAGGUGUCCUCCCAGCACGUGGAAACCUCCUCCCAGCGCACAGAAACGUCCUCCCGCCAUAUCAGGGCCACAUCCCUGCAGGUGGAGACUUCUCUGCACCGCGUGGAGAGCACGGCCCAGCAAGACAAGCAAGCUGCGCGCCAGAACCUGAAAACCACUCGGUGAAAUACUCGCCAAGGGCCAUGGCCAGGAGCCAGGACAGAAGUGCUUCUAGCAUCCAGUCAGCCAGCUGCCAAGAGGACCAGUCAUCUUUGGUUUCAUGGAAACAGCCCAUAAAUCAAUGUGAGAAAUGGCCUCGCUGCCCUUUCUGGCCUUUACUGACCGUACUGCACUUGUAUUAUCCUGCUUGUGACCCAGUGAACUACUUUAACUGGAAGCCAGGACGAAAGGUGUUCAGCCCCAUGAUCCUGUGUAAAUUGAGUUGAUGAACAAAGAGACUGAAUCUCUGAACCAGCCUCUAAAAAGAACUAAUUUCAGAAACUUGCUGUGUAUCUUCUGGACCUUUCUCAUUAACUGACUGCUUCUGUCCUCCUUCUUAAUAGUACCUAGAAGACUGGUUUGAACGUGACACUGGAAAAGCCAAACACCCGAUUUCUGCUUGAUUGAUUCUCCAGAAAGGGUACAAGAGCCUGAUGACUUCUUUUUCUUAUCCUUGUUUCAUAAGAGGAUUUCUUCCUCCAUAUUUCAUUUAUUCAUAUUUCCAAGCCAAAGUUCAAAGAGAUACAGGUCAGAAACCUGAAGGAAAAAAAUUGCCAUAUGGGACCUGUUUUACAGGUCCCGUAGCUUUAAAAUGAUCCUGUUUAUUAAAGAUGCUUGCUUUUCAGAAUUCUUAAUAUACCUGCACAUUAUGUGUGUUGCCCAUACUCUGUGCCAUCCUGUGCUCCUCACAGUAUCUGCUCCUGGAAGCUCCAAAAGAACAUGGUGCUGUUGUACCUGUGACCUUAUUAUAUAAUGCUAAGUACAAUGUGUGUACAGUAAUGAGUAAAGAGUAGUACUAGUCCUUCACUCCAAACCAAGAAAGCCUUUAAUGACCGAAUCUAAUAAUCAGUUGGAUUUAUUGUGCUAUGUAAUCGUUGUGACUUACCAUCAUUUGUAGCCAGCCAAGUUAGUUUGAAAAACUAAAUAAAACUUAGUACAAAUCCUUCUAAUAA